CGCGUUUCUCUUUUCCACGUAAAAGUGGUGUUCGUUGAUGCUGCAGAGCGAUACGAAUUAAAAAACAUCGUAUUUAUUAAAAAAAGUACGAAAAUUUAUAUAAAAAUAUGCCGUCUGUAACGUUAAAAGACGUGGACCAGCAAAAAUUCGUGAAGGCCUUCGCAGCCUUCCUCAAAAAAACUGGCAAAAUGCGUGUACCAGAAUGGGUGGACAUUGUGAAAACAGCAAAAUUCAAGGAGUUAGCUCCUUACGAUCCAGAUUGGUAUUAUAUCAGAUGCGCAGCUUUGGUACGUCACAUUUAUAUUCGCAGCCCGAUCGGUGUCGGCGCUGUCACCAAGAUUUUUGGCGGACGCAAACGCAAUGGCACUCACCCCAGCCACUUCUGUCGAUCAGCUGGUGGUGUUGCGCGUAAGGCGCUCCAAAGCUUGGAACAGUUGAAGCUGAUUGAAAAAGCACCUGUUGGUGGACGUAAAUUGACUAGCCAAGGACGCAGGGAUUUGGAUCGUAUCGCUGCACAAGUUAAGGCUAAAAGCAAAAAGCAACUUAAACUUCAAGAGACAAUCACAAUUUAAAUAUUCUUAUUUUGUUUCUGUAACAAAAAAUUGAAAAAAAACAUGUAAAUAUCUAAAACUCUGUCUUUUGGAAUAUUUUUCAAAUACACGAUUGCGUGAAACUAUUUAACAAAA